ACAAAAAAAACGAAUUCGAAAAAUUUUCAAGGCCGCCGCGAAUCGUGAAAAAUUGGAAAAGCAUUUUCUCCGAGUGCCUGUGUAUUAAAAAUCCGUGAUGAAGUCGAUCCGCCAGCAAGUCAGCUUCGUGCUGUCCCUGCUCGCAAUGAUUUCGGUGUUUUAUUCCGUGGGCAAGUUGGGUCUCUUUCUGGCAACGCCCAUCACGCGUCAGGAACGGCAAAAGGAUGCUGGCUUUCCGAGCGAACCAGCCGCAAUCCGGGCUACCCUAUUUCCGCUCUUCCACAACGUUAUCUGGAUCGCUCUCUUUGUUCUGCAGCACUCGGGCUUGCGAGCCCCGAUAGUGAAGCGGUUCUGGAAGGCGAUCGGCCUGGACCUGGCCGAACGAAGCCUCUACAAUAUAGCAUCUUCCUACAGUCUGCUGCUGCUGCUGAAAAACUGGAAAACGGCCCCAAACCAGUACCGGCUGUGGUUCUUCGAUGUCGAGUCGAACGAAGCGCUCUGGUGGUUCUUGAUGGCAUCGCACGUACUAGCCUGGAUCGUCGUGUACGGCGGCAGUCUGAUGGUGGACCUGCCGGAGUUGAUCGGCCUGAAGCAAGUUUACUAUGACGUCAACGAUCUUGCGCCGCCCAUGUCCUACAAGUCGCGUGAUCUGCAGGAUUACUACAGACGCUGCCGUCAUCCGUCGUUCGUUGGCCUUUCGGUGGUGCUUUGGUUCACGAACGGGAUGAGUCUGGAGCGGUGCCUGCUGGCCGUCAUCUGGACCUUGUACAUGUACUUUGCCUGGAACACGACAAGGGUGGACCUGGAGUAUCACCGCCAGCAGCUCGAACGCAAGCGCGCUGAGCUGCUACGUGUGAACAAGUAAAAAAAAGACAAACGGAAUGCCUACACGUCCUAUUUCGAAGAUAGACUCGUCCCGAAAUCUGCGGUGCUCGAUAUUUUAGAGGUAUGCCCUCCAUUAAUGACUGACUAAUUUAUUGAAGGAUUUUCCAUAUUUUUUCAAUGUAAGAUCCAUGUCUAAUAAACUAACCAAAGCCAAAUACUCGGCGACGCUUAAGUAGGUCGAUGUUAGCGCCUCUUGCAAAGGUAGAAGAAACAACGCUGGUCAUUGUUCGGCCUUGAUAACAAUAUUUAAUGAAUGUAUUUUGAUCAAAUGAGCCGUUGCUAACCAUGUAUGUGCCCGAAGAAAUCUUCAGAACCAUUGUUCUCGAAUUUUACUAAUAUUCAAAGGAACCAAAUAAAUGUCAAAGC